CGCGGCCAAGGCGAGCCGCCAUUUUAUGAGGCAAACCGGCGGGCGCUGCCCGUUAGCGACUCGCCUCCCUCCCUCCGCUUUUGUUACCCCUCCCCUCGCUUCCUCCCCUCCCUCCCCUCCCCGCCCCCGCUGGCACUGCGGAGACGGAGACGUGACCCGAGCGGACCCAGCCGCGGCCUUUUCCCCGCUGCUUCAGCCUCUCGCCGCAGAGUCGCAUGUCAUCUAUCCAGAACCUCCAAUCCUUCGACCCCUUUGCUGAUGCAACAAAGGGUGACGACUUACUCCCGGCAGGGACUGAGGAUUACAUUCAUAUAAGGAUCCAGCAACGAAACGGAAGAAAGACACUAACAACUGUUCAGGGAAUUGCAGAUGAUUAUGACAAGAAGAAACUUGUGAAAGCUUUCAAAAAGAAAUUUGCUUGUAAUGGUACUGUGAUUGAACAUCCCGAAUACGGUGAAGUUAUCCAGCUUCAAGGUGACCAGAGGAAGAACAUUUGCCAAUUCCUCUUGGAGAUUGGCAUUGUCAAGGAAGAACAACUGAAAGUUCAUGGUUUCUAAAAUACCUGUACUCUCAUGAAGAACCCUGCAGUAUUUGGUCUUACCUAGCCUGGCUCUUCUGUGAAAAAUGAAUCUUUGCAGUGAAUGGACUUCCCUGUUACCUGAACAUUUAAAAUUUGAUUCAGAUUUGCAUGUCUGCGUGAAACAUGUGGUGUGUAGACUAGAAACACAUAAGAAAAUUUCAGUAAGGUGGUAAUGAAGACACUUGUGAACCUUAACACAUUUCCAAUGGAAAUGUUUUAGCGGUCGUUGUUCAGUUUAGUACUCUCCACUUGACCUAAAUAUGUGGGUUGUAUUAAAAUAGUGUGUGCUGUUGCUUAAGAAUAAAAGUUUAUUCACAUAUUUUCUGGGAUAUCUGAAAUGCUUUAGCUUAAGUUUUAAACUGGCACAGCAGCCUUAUUAAGAAUGGCUAGAUUGUUUUGUGGCAAGUGUAGCUUACUGCUGAUUGAAUAAAUUGAAAAAUCUACACGAUGAAGUAUUAGCUAAUUAAGCAGUAGAUUAGCUUGAUGUGAUCUCAUACUGUAGCUGUAAGGCUAGAGCUUUGAAGUCUUUUGUGUAGGUGUAUUUUAGUAGCAGCAUCAUAAGACAUAAAAUUGUUUGCUGAGUGACUGGAUCUUCUCUAAAAUUUACUGCAGUAACUAUAAAAUAUUAGCGUUAAGCAUAGUAGGACUAAAAUAAGCUGAACUCCUCAAGGCUGCCAUUACAGAGAACAUGCUAAACAUCUAGGUCUUACAUAGUCCUCCCGAAACAUUUGAAGGAAGUGCAUGGGAUUUUGUAUCUCUUCUGUCACUGAGUGAAGGGAAAAGACAUUGAGUUGGCUUCUGCCAUGACUGUGCAUUUAAUGUUGGCGAGCAGAGUGCUUUAAUUAGCUGGUAGUGUUAGCUGCAAAAGUGAGGAUGGGAACAGGCUCUACACUAAGCUUUUUUUUAUUCCUCGUAUAGAAAGUUUUGCUGUGAUUAACAAUUAAUAUGGAGGGGUUUGUAGUGGGUUUUGGGUAUUACUACAGAAAGCUGAUUUAGUCUGCUUUUCUAGUAGGCAAUUCAUUCAGUGUUAUCUGAAGUUAUAAUAGGUUUGUUCCACUGUGCUUUUCAUCUAGUAUUAGUUAGCUGUAGACAUUUGGUAUUCUGCUUUUAAGACAUGUCUCUUUUCAGAAUGAAAUGGCUUUGUUUGGUGAAACAUGCAGAUCUUAUCUUCCUUGUGAUAUAGAUGUAGAAAUUUUCUCUGAAACAGUUUAAAACAUGCUGAGUUGGGAAACCAUAAGAAUUGUGGUAAAUGUUAAAAAAAAAUUCUGGUAAUAUCAGGUAUUGUCUGGAAAGGAAGAAAGAGACAUUUCUUUGCUGCUGAGACUUACUAAUAACUUAUUCAGAAAAAAAAAAAAUCUGACUACCGAAGUAAACAUUGAGAAUGGCCAAAACUGUAUUACUUACUGUCACCUGUGCCUAUACUUAGUUUCCUGUUCAGACUUGCCUUUUUAAACGGAAAUGCUCAAUUUUAACUCACUUGAAUGUUUUUUGGUUUGGGUUUGGUUUUUUUUUUUUGGACUUCUGAAUUCAGAUAUGAACCUUUAUGGCACUAGCAACAAUUAGGGGAGCACCCGAGAGCAUUCAUAUGACAACUUCUUUCUCUCUCUGGUCUAGAGAAUUCCACCUGUAAGAAUCCCGUGUCCAGUCUCUCCACAAAUUCUGCCUGGUGUUACAGAUCUUAACUAUUUCAGAGAAUGGCCAUUCCCGAAGACGGGAUACUGUUAAGGUAUAAUGUGUUCAAGAGGAGGAAAUGGGAAUGCCUGCUGCAGAACAUGAAAUACCAGCACACAGAAUGAAAAUCCAAAGAAUAAGUGUUACGCAAGUCUUGCACAUAGCAGAAUAAAAUCCUUGUACUGCAAGUUUACCUAGUCCUGUUUCAUAGAUGCUAAGGUAAUUAAUCCUUUGGAGGGUACAUAGUGAUUUUCAUUUUAUCAGAUGCCAGAAAACCUGACGUUCUCAUUUAAAGCUUGGUCUCCUGCCCAAGAGGAAAAGCAAGCAGUAUUUUCUCCUAUUUCACUGGUAUUACUUGAGUACUACUUGUGGUUCUUGAAUUGGAGAUUAACAAAUGAUUAGCAAGUCUCAUGUGUUACUGAGUCAGUCUUCAUUUCAGAUGGCAUUCCAUUAACUUUUACUACCUAAGCUUGAGUCAUUUCUCCACAGUCAUUCAGCUUGGAAUAAAUAAGUAAAACCUUUGUUUUCUUCCUCCUCAUUUAAAAGUAAUUUCUGAUAGCUAUCAACUGCAAGGUUCCUCCUGUCUUGGGUUUUAUGCUCUUAAUGGAGCUGCUUGUGUUUUGAACUUUGAAGGGCAAAAUUAAAAGGAGAGGCAGUAAGAGGUAGCACAUUUGAAGUUUAAAUAGAUAUUUGUUGUAGCAACAAUCUGAUCUUUCUAGAAGGAAAGCAGAAAUUUUUGUCCUUCAAGUGUUUUUAAAGUAUAACAAUGUCUCGAUAUGUUUGUAACUAGCCUUGUUACAAGCCCAAGUCUCUUUGAAUGUUCUAGAGGAAAGACUUCAACAAUUUCAUGGUUUAUCAUCCUACUGCCAUGAAAACCUGUUUUCACGGCGAAGGCAGGUUUCCAUUUUUCCAUCUAUUCCAAAAUAGGUUAAAAAAUUACUGGCUUAAUGAUAUCUAGGCUUAACCACAAGCUGCAAUUGGACGUAGGAACUGCUGUUUCAAAUUCAUGGCCUUGCUGUGCGCAGUUAUAGUAGACUGUUGUAGCUGACUCUUAGCUGAUACACUGGAGUAAGGUGUUGCAUAAAUAAAUUGAAUUGUCUGUUCAGAGCCUACAUCAGCCUAAUGCAGUUAUGAACAGUGAAGCCAUCACUUCCCAAAUGGUGGUAGCAGACCUUGUUUGUAGGUGGUGAGCUUUAGUAAUUUAAGUCUGUAAGGUGCCUGUUUCCUCUUGCGUGAAUUAUCAGACCCUUGACCAUCACCUGUAGUCUGCUAGAUCUGACCAUGCAUUUCAGGGAUGGGCGUGAAGAGCAAAACUGGGCAGACAAGCAUAAUUUUCUUAAGUGAAAGAAUGUUUGAAAAGAAUAGUGCCUAGAUUGUGUGUGUGUACUGUUCAUUGGUCCAGUGGCUUUGCUUAAACCUUAAUUCCUGCAUCAACGUUCUUGCACAGCCUAAGUGAAAAACAUUUUGUUCUGGAGAAUUUUUUUGGAGAGGGAAGAAGGAACCCCACAAAAAAGCACCUUAGGAAAUAAGUUUAUAUUUUAAGUCUGUUUUCAUUAAUUUACAUACUCUUGGACUGUAAGACCUCUGUACCAUUGUUAUUUUUUUUCCUAAAUGCUAAUUAAAGUUCCUUGAGAGUUUGGCAUUUAAGGUUCUAGAUAUAUCAAAAGCCACUAUAAAACUUAAAAGUGCGAAGAGUUGUUGAAGCUUAAAUUUUAAAUAUUUGAAAAAAUAAUAAUUAAACAGAGGUCUGCAGUUUGUCCUGCACUGCUGUCUUGCUUAUAAUCAGUAUGUAGUUACCCUGAAGAUGUAUACAUAUUUACAGACCUCCCAGUAAGCAGAUAUCCCUGGUGUAAUGCGAUACCCUGGUUGUAGGUCUUGUAAGAUCAUAUCUAACGUACUGCACUGUUACAGGCUGUACUGUAAUUUUACAGUGUGGGACAGAUGUACCUUGAAUUCCAGUCAGCAAUUAUCUUUUCCUUAAUCCACCUGGAAGGCUCUAGUGUACAGGAUCCCUGUGUUAUACCCUUGUUUAAAGUGGCUUGAUAGUUCCUCUUACUAUGUGAAAUUAUGUACAAGGUUGGUAUUUGGCCAGUUAAAGAAUGGGGGAGGCCUUUAGGAGAUGACUUUGGGACACAGUAGGGGUUGCUGUCACUUUUGGUGUGUUCAGUGUUGAUUGGUGUCACUAGGUGUUCCUCUAAUGUGCUUCUGCCACUGGGGAAAUGGAAGUGGUCUUAGAGGGUCAUGUGUAUUUAAGUACUAAGGAUCUGCCUUCCUCCUAAGACUCUCCAUACAUCCAUACUCAGUGUAGUUAGGGAAGUGUCCCCCGUGCAUGGCAACGCGAAUGCUAUUUUCCAUUUGCCAGAUCAAAAGCUCUUGGAAUGAAUAAGGAAAGAACAACAUCAUUGGUUUGUUUGCUGUACAGAUGCUUCAUGCCUACUGUUUUCGGUUUAAAAAAAAAAAAAUCUUAAAAGAGGAUUUGUACUUGGCAUGCCUUUUUAAUGUUUGCUACAUGCCUGUCAUUGAUCUCUAUGAACAAGUCUUAACCUGUAUUGGAGUGUUGCUGGAGAGUUGAGACAACCUUUUGAAAUAAAAUGUACCAAUGUUAUUUUAUGUAUGCUUUUAUAAAACGAAUGGAAUUUUA